CCAUGUAUCCCAGCGGAACUACUGGAUAACAUUGUCCUUUGUCUGCUGAGCCGCGAACGCGCCUUCGUUUAUAUAGCAGCCUUUUCGCUUGUGUCCCACCAAUUUCGUCAAAUUGCUCUCAGGCGCUACUUCGUCUCUCUCCAUGUACGCUCUCAGUGGCACUGGGUCAGGCUUCAACGCAUUGUCGGCAUUCAAACAUGGGUCCGAUCCCUCAGCGCGUCGUCCACGUUCUUCCGAUACAAGACCAGCUGCUUGCUUCAAUUCACACUGCUCACAACUCUAGAACUUGACUUCGCUGGCGACGGACUCGCUACGCAGAACAACCGUGCCACGCUGUUCUUCAAGAACAUCGCUGCUGACUUGACGAGGAUGAAGCUCACUCAUCUCCCUCGCAUCGAUACCGCUCUGCUCUCUCUGAUUGCUUCUCGAUUUGCUUCUCUGAAGGUCUUGGAACUCUCUUGUACCGAACGGCUUGACGAACAGUGCUGCUGGCUGUGCUUCGAGGAAUCGUCAACCUGCACAACUCACUCUCCCAUUCCGGACUUGUUCGUGGAUGUGGAACACCUGGCAGACAACUUCUGUAAAGCUCUGGCGCCGCUCAAGAGGCUCGACACGCUGUUCCUGGGAAUCUUUCUGUCGGACGUCGGUGUGCUAAUCCGGCAUCUGGAACGCUGUGCGAUUGCGGUCAUCGAAUCCCCGCGGACGCCCAACUGCUACCCCACCCCACCCUUCGGACCUAACUCAUGCGCAACAUGCUGUGGCCAACAUGCGACCGCGGUGCAAGAGCGGGAACGCCUCGCGAAGACGCUCUUUCUGGCAACCCUGCCGUCCUUGGUCGACGUCGGAUUCAGCUCGUGGUUCCCUAUAGCCGUUCGCGAUUCUCGGGAAGAAAAUGCGUCGCGAGGCUGA